CAAAGAAGAAGAUAAUGUCGGCACAAUCGAUCCACUCACACUAUGAGACACCAUCUUCAAUUCUUCCUCUACAGCAUUUAUCAGAGUCAGUUUCCAUUCUCUCACCAGAAGGCCACGUUUUUCUGUUUUUAAUUGCCAUAAAUGGGCAACUCCCACGGCCACCGCAAACACCGUAACGGCGCGAACCGCCCCGUAACGCCCAAUCCACCCUUUAAAUAUAGCCCGUCUGAUCCCCAGGCACAUAUCCCCAACUCAGCUAAACCCAUCAUGGCGGUGUCCUUGCCUUACUCUCAUGUUGACUCCACCCUUCGCGCCCUCGCUGCUCAAGCUGAAGGCUUUGGCCGCUUAGCAAUCGGCGGCCUCCAUGGUCCUCUUUACCACGUUACUACUCUAGCAGAUGAUGGUCCAGGGUCACUUAGGGAAGGCUGUCGAAAGAAAGAGCCACUUUGGAUUGUCUUUAAUAUUUCGGGCACUAUCCAUCUCUCGUCUUACUUGAAUGUGUCGUCGUAUAAGACAAUUGAUGGCCGGGGUCAGAGGAUUAAGUUUACUGGGAAGGGGUUGAGGCUGAAGGAAUGUGAGCAUGUGAUUAUAUGCAAUCUAGAGUUUGAAGGUGGUAGAGGACCAGAUGUUGAUGGUAUUCAGAUAAAACCAAACUCUAAGCACAUAUGGAUAGACCGGUGCAGCCUUCGUGAUUAUGAAGACGGACUUAUAGAUAUCACCAGAUGCAGCACGGAUAUUACAAUUUCGAGGUGUCAUUUCUCGCAGCAUGAUAAGACAAUGCUAAUCGGAGCAGACCCCUCUCAUGUAGAUGACAGAUGCAUCCGGGUUACAAUUCACCACUGUUUCUUUGAUGGGACCCGACAGCGGCAUCCUCGUGUUAGAUUCGCCAAAGUACAUCUAUACAACAAUUACACACGAAACUGGGGCAUAUAUGCUGUUUGUGCCAGUGUAGAAUCGCAGAUAUACUCUCAAUGCAAUAUAUAUGAAGCAGGACAGAAGAAAAUAGCGUUUAAAUACCUUACAGAGAAGGCAACGGACAGCGAGGCGGCAACGACGGGCUUCAUUAGGUCGGAAGGGGACUUAUUCAUAACUGGAACUCAAGCAGGAUUAGCCACCGAGGGUGGUGAAAAUUGCAUGUAUCAUCCUAGCCAACACUACCAGACAUGGACGGUAGGACCUCCAGUGGAUGAUCUGAAACAUGUUCUCCAACAUUGCACCGGAUGGCAGUCCAUUCCCCGGCCAGCUGAUCAGGCAAGUGUAGCACAGUAGCCUGAAGGAAACUGACUUUCCUUAAAACUUUAUAUCUACGUUUUACUUAAUCUUCAAUUCUCAGUGUUUAUAUAGUCUAUACCUGAAUACCUGAUGGCUUUCCUGUGUGUAUGCUGUUCUUCUCAAUAACAAAGAUGAAUAUUUACUGGUGUGCA